UUGCUAGCUGCAAGUUCAACCGGGAUGAGAGAGGGAACAGCCAGGUUCUUUAUUUUCAGCCUCCCAGGUCAGAAGAGUCAUGCGGACGGCAGGAGUAUCUGUAGCUGAGAGUUUUGGUGCUUCGUGGUCGGGUUUCGGUGGAGCAGAGACGACGCCCCGACUGCUGGAUUAGCCAGGAGCCGCCGCCAUUACCAGUCGACGCUAGCUAGCUAGCUAUUAGCACCAACGAAGGCCUUCAGGGCCUGGGGCAAUGCAUUCACUGGCUCAGGAAAUUCAGGGCUUCUCCAAAAACCUCCUGAAGAAGCAGUCCACACGCGUCACCACGGUGACGGGCAGGAAGUUGCUGGAAAAGAGGUGUGAUGGAGCAGAGGGUGAGGUGGAGCAGGUGGAGGAGCUGGAAGAGGAAAGCGGGUGUGGAUUUGUAGAAGAUACUAGCCUUGAUCUUCAAGUCGGGGUAGUCAGACCCUUUCUGCUGCUAGCCUCUCAGGAUGCAGCCCACGACAUCGACACCAUGCAGAGAUUUAAGGUGUCCCAUGUGCUAAACGUGGCCUAUGGAGUCACCAACCUGUUUCCAGAUCAGGUGGUCUAUAAGACGCUUCAGAUCCUGGACCUUCCAGAGACUGACCUCUCGUCUCAUCUGGAGGAAUGCAGCUCCUUUAUAGACCAGGCCAAAAAGCAGGGCGGAGUGGUGAUGGUCCACUGUAAUGCAGGAAACGGUGGGCUCUCCCCAGGUGGUCUGCACCGAGUACGAACGAACCCGCAGCUACGGCUGUUCGUCUACGGAAAGCCAUCCAGCUCAAAUAUAUGUGACUUUCAACACAUCAUAAUCAAACCAGAUGAGUUCUGGACCAGAGAUCCAACCCAACUCUCCAGUCGGUUCAGUAACACGUCAUGGUCAACAGUGAGGUCCAACAGAACCAGCUCUGUGGUUCUUACACCCUUCUUCUGAUUUUCCCUCACAGGUGUGUAGAUGUGCGUUUAGGUGCUGCCUUAAAAUGUGCCUGUAUUUAAAUCAAACGUUGUGAUUUCAUUCAAUAAAACCAUGGCAUCUGGGUUUUUUCAUAGCUUCAACAUAGUGCAAUUUGAACAAAAUCAUUAACAAAUAUUAAAAACUAUUGCUAAUUUUAACUCAUCUACAAUAAGAAAAUUGAGUAUGCUCUCAUUGAACUUUGAUAUAUUUCAAUUCAAUUAAACUUAAAAUUAAAAAAAUACCUUAUUGAUCCCAAAGGGUAAUUAGAGGAUUUGUUCCUACAACACUGAUAAUCAACUGUAGCACUUUCUAAAAUAACAAUCCUGGUCUGUUUGGAGUUAGUUAACUAAUUUUCAGUUUGUCUCACUCUUUUGCAGGCACUUACAUAUAAAGAUCUGUAAAGAGCCCUGAGAUGACAUUUUGUUGUAAAAUGGUGCUAAAAUUGAAUUGACCCUUUUUCACCCGGAGUAUCACACCGGUCUUCAACGACACGUCUAAAACUAUUGGUCUCCCAACAGCCCAAGUCUUUUUCUACUUCAAUACAGAAGAUUCUCUGUUUUUUAAGCCAUUUUUUAAAACUGAGAUGUUAUCAUUUAUCAACUCCUGGUUCCCUGUCAUCAGGUCACAGACUUUAAUCUCUUUUACCCCCUUUCCUUUUCAGUUUGGGUUUGGGCUUUUAACAUCACCGAAACUGAGAAAUGUAUAAAAACAUCCAUAAUCAAGUCUGGGGACAUUGUCAAGAGUUGCCAAAGAGAGAUGAUUUUGUGUUUGGAACACAAGUGCAAGGCGUAUUACACUUCUUACAGAUAUUAUGGCUGAAAUAUGUAUAUAUCUCAUGUAAAUUCAUGCUUUUUAAUGUGUGAACAAACUUCUUUACAUUGAUUUUAAUUGUAUUUCUUAUUUAAUGGAAACACACCAAUUGCGGAAUUGUGUAUAUUUUUGCACAUUAGCAGAGUAUCAAAAAGGUUUUGUGCAUAUUUGUAAUGGAAACUCAUGUACUGAUGAAACAGGAAGACUCAGCACACUCUACCUGCCAAGACGUUCCUGAAGACAUUGUUUUGAGUCCAUGGUGGCGUCAGCCAUAUUCCUUGGGCAGCAUGUUAGCUUUGUGCUAACAUGCCACAGUUUGAAGAUACUUCAGUUUACCUUUAACUUGCUGCUGGUACAUAUGAAUUCCUCCACAGUGAGAAAAUACAGGACUUUCUGUUUUAUUCUACUCUAAACUCCAUCUUCCAUACUAACACAACAUGCUAUUAAGACCCUCGAGUAGUCACUUCUAACGUACAUGCUAAUACUCAAUGCUAAUACACAUGUAGUCUGUAUCCAGGACGCAGAUGCAGUCAAACGCUCCUUCAUUUGGCUCAGACACAGAGAAAAAGCCAGAAGUUAACCAGACUAGUUAACCUCCUAACUAAACAGGAGGAUCGCUGGAAUAGAGUGGUUAUUGAUUUGAUGUGAUGUGAGGACAUCAACGGGCUUCUUGUACUGAAAGAGAACACAGAAAGUAAAAGAUCAAUUUUGUGCUGACAGCAAACAAGCGCGUUCCCCUCAGUGCUCCGGCUGUUUACUUCCUGUACAAGCUCCAUGCUUUCUCUCCAGGCCCCUCCAGUCUUCUGAUCAAGGUUUUCUACUGAAAACAUCUGAGUACAUCUGAAAACUGUACUGAGUUCACAGCAGCCUGUCUCUGAAGAGCAGGAAUGCUGUAACUUUGGACUGUUCCAAAUCUCACCUGUAGACUACCUCUUCUCUAAGUUAUUUUCUCUUUGACCAGUAAAAUUUUCAUCUUAUUUUUCUUUCGGCUUUCAUUUUAUUUUUAACCCCCUAUUAGGUCUAAAGGACUUCAAGUUAUAUGUUUUGAAAAGUGCUCAGGAACUAAACCUUUACUUAUUUACUUUCUUAUAAAGCUCAUCUCAUAGGUGAACACACACAAUGUUACAUUAUGAUGUACAGUAUCAUUUUCCCUCAGGUUUUGGAUGUGAUUGUGAGUUUCUCUAAACUUGCUGACCUUGGAUAUUUUGGUGAGUCUGCAGCUGUAGAAUCUAUUUAUCAUGCACAGACUGAAAACCUGCAGUGGAAUUAUUAUUUUUUAACAGCAGCAGUUUUGAUUGCAUCAUGAUGUUUUAUUCAAUGCUGUGAAACUAACUGUCCCUUGAAUAAUUUUGAUUCUUCUUCUUUGUUGUUAUUACAGAUUUUAUGUUUACAUGUACAUUUGAAAGGCUGUGUUUUUCUUUACGGACCUUUGAGUAUUUUGCAGGCCAAAUGUAAAAACCUGUGUUUGCCUGGCGACAUGGUAGUCAGUCAAGGGUUAAUUUCAGUGCUGCAAACACAUCAUCUACUCCUAGAGUCCAUGACUGAUUGUUUGACAUCCACAACAUGGCAGCAAGCCAUGAAGGGAGAAACACUUUUUGAAGCUUGGCCACUCUUUGACAUGUCAGGACAGAAAGUCAGAAACAGAAGAGGAUCAACUUCCAACCGAGCGGUGUGUGCCAUCAUCGCAACACACUGAUCACCAGGGCCCAGUGUGGGAAAGUCCACAGGAUUUGGUUUUCUCAUUAAUUGCUUAUUCAUUUAACUGUAUUGAUGCUCACUUCCAGUCAUUUGCUAAAAUCCUUUUCUUUUCUUUGCGCUGCCGUUCAUACUACUAAUUAAAUGCGAUUGCAAUCAGACUCCUGUGUGAAUGGUUUACGACUCCAAAGUGACCAGCAGGUGCAGAAAAGUGUUGAUGUCAGACAGCAGCAAACUAUUUAUGAAAGUAAUAAUGGCCGCCGCCGUCUAUUGAUGAAUUUUAGAGUCGUUGGUCAAUGGCAGCCAACAUGAUCAGAACACAAAAGAAGCAAAAACCGAUAGCAAUGGCCUUUAGUGGAACAGUGACUGUAACUUCACUGCUUCACUGACACGGGCUUCUUUCAGAAUUUCAUAAUCAUAAUUUUCAGCCAUUGUUUAUAUCUGGCUUCCUCUGGCACAGAAUUAUGACGAACGUCUCAUGUCACCGUCGUAAAAGUCAGAAGAAAUGCAACAUGUCUGUCCAACCUUCUUCCUUCUCUCCUGUAUCAGAUGGUAAUCAGGAAUGUGUGUUGAACACAGAUUGACCAGCGUGUCCUGGGUCUUCCCCGGGGCCUCCUCCCGGUGGGACGUACCGGAACACCUCACCAGGGAG